GUCUUUCUUAACAAACGUUACAAUCAAAUGAAUGUAUGAAGGUGCAGAGAGAGAUAUUUAGAGUUUUAAAGUAGCGUUUGGCCUGAUUUGACUUGAGUUUUCCUGGAAACUGUGUCGUGUUUGGAGGAAUCGUGAGCAUAACCACAGGAUUCUGUUCUGCUUUCGGACCGUUGGCCACAGCAGCUGGCACAAUGAAACUCACAUGUUCGAGUCCAUUGUUUAUAAUUAACCCUUACAGCGCUAAAACUGCUUGACCAGUCACAGACCAGUCUGCUCUCUGUCUGACUACUGGGACGUGGGGCCGAUCACAGCGGCUGCUAUGGAAAUCAGUAGUACGGUUGACAACAUGACUGGACUAACACAUGAUAGGCCAGUCCAAACAUCCUCGUUCUGCCAGCAGUUUCCGUCAGUCGAUGCGGCAGGAAAUUAUGAUGUUGUGAAUAAUGUUGUCAUACCGACCCCAGGAGCACCAGACCCAAGAGCCCAGAAUUCUUUGCGGCAGAGUUGGGAAAUGAACUACCAGGAAGCGGCAAUAUAUCUGCAGGAGGGAGAGAAUAAUGACAAGUUUUUCACUCAUCCGCGAAGUGCCCACGCGCUCAGCGCCUACCUGUUUGCUCACAAUCACCUUUUCUAUGUGAUGGAGCUGCUGACUGCGCUGUUACUCAUGCUACUGUCCCUCUCAGAGGCCCCUGCCGUCCCCUUCCUGCGCUUGGACGUCUAUAUUCAUGCGACACUGGAGUUAUUGGCAUUGGCGUUGGUGGCAUUUGAGUUGGGUAUGAAGCUCCGAUGGCUUGGCUUUUACACCUUUAUACAGCAUAAAAGGACCAUGGUGAAGACGUGUGUCCUGUUUCUUCAAUUCAUCGAGGCGAUUGUGGUCUUAAUCCGGCAGACAUCUCACCUGCGUGUGACGAGAGCCCUGCGACCGAUCUUUUUGGUGGACUGCCGUUACUGUGGAGCCGUUCGCAGAAACCUGAGGCAGAUAUUUCAGUCUCUUCCUCCCUUCAUUGAUAUUCUUCUGCUGUUGCUUUUCUUCAUGGUCAUCUUUGCCAUCCUGGGAUUUUGCUUGUUCUCAGGCAACUCAGCUGACCCGUAUUUUAGCACACUUGAGAACAGCAUUGUGAGUCUGUUCGUCCUUCUGACCACUGCAAAUUUUCCAGAUGUGAUGAUGCCAGCAUAUUCAAAGAAUCGUUGGUCAUGCAUUUUCUUCAUUGUGUAUCUGUCCAUCGAGCUCUACUUCAUCAUGAAUCUGCUCCUGGCAGUAGUUUUUGACACCUUUAAUGGAGUCGAGAAGAUGAAAUUCAAAUCUCUGCUUUUACACAAGCGAUCUGCCAUCGAGCACGCCUUCCAGCUGCUGCUUAGUCGGCAGAGGCCAGAUGGAGUGUCUUUGAAGCAGUUUGAUGGACUGAUGCGAUUCUAUCGUCCACGAAUGACUGCACGGGAUCGUUUUCUCACCUUCAAAGCCCUUAACUAUUCAGACGCAACCAUGCUGAGUCUCCAGGACUUUUAUAAGUUUUAUGAAGUGAUUGGGCUAAAAUGGAAGGCUCGACGGAGUGGGGAGUACUGGUUUGAUGAUCUUCCUCGCACAGCAUUCCUCAUUUUCAAAGGAAUGAAUUUACUUGUGAAAUCCAAAGCUUUUCAAUAUGCAAUGUAUCUGGUAGUAGCAAUUAAUGGCAUCUGGAUCCUAGUGGAGACAAACAUGGUAAAUGAUGGUGUCUCAUGGACUCACGUUGUCCCCUUGAGUUACAUUAUUUUCCUCACAAUUUAUGGAAUUGAGGUCUUGUUGAAGAUCACAGGCCUUGGUCCAAUGACAUAUUUCAGCUCAGGAUGGAACCUCUUUGAUUUCUCAGUAACAGUAUUUGCCUUUCUGGGAUUGAUUGCUCUGGCCUUUGACAUGGAGCCGUUCUACUUCAUUGUGGUGUUGAGACCUCUUCAGCUCCUCCGGUUGUUUAAAAUUAAACAGCGCUAUCGGAAUGUUCUGGACACAAUGUUUGAACUGUUCCCGCGUAUGGCCAGUCUAGGUCUGACUCUGAUUAUCUUCUAUUAUUCUUUUGCCAUCGUUGGAAUGGAGUUUUUUGCUGGGGUUGUUUAUCCGAACUGCUGCAAGAAUAGCACAGUUGCUGACUCGUAUCGCCAGAUAAAUGUGACCAUUGGCAACCGAACCGUGCUGGAAGAGGGAUAUUACUAUCUCAAUAACUUCAAUAACAUCCUAAGCAGCUUUGUCACUCUUUUUGAGCUAACAGUGGUGAACAACUGGUACAUCACAAUGGAAGGUUUGACAUCAGAAACUUCUCACUGGACUCGCCUUUAUUUCAUGACCUUUUACAUUGUCACCAUGGUAGUCAUGACGAUAAUCGUGGCCUUCAUACUGGAUGCAUUUGUCUUCAGGAUGAACUACAGUCGGAAGAACAGAGAGCCGCUGGACGACCCAAAAGAUGAAAAGGGGAUUGUAUUUGAGACAGAGGUGUCUCAGACUGAAGCUCUACAGACUCUGGACUUGUAUAAACACACACUGGGCGUCACCAACUUAAGCUCACUGCAGGACAUGUGUGUGGCUCUGGAGCGUAGCGGGCACUCCUCAUUAGUAUUUCAGGGUCGAAGGUCACGUACCAAGAGUGACCUCAGCAUGAAGAUGUACGAGGAGGAGAUUCAGGAAUGGUACGAGGAAUAUUCCAGAACAAACCUUCAGCCUGAUGAGACAUUCCACAGAGAACUGGACAGCCCUGAAGCCAAUGCCUCAAACAGCAUUAACUAGCACACCCUCUGAACACUGCAUCAGCGUUACCUAACACACUCACUCAUACCUCUGAGGGAUCGUAAGACCGUCUUCCUCCCAUCGAUGGAAAGCACAGGUGUUCCCCAUGACCACUACAUUCUCCCUCCUUCCACAUGGAGACCCACAGAACUCCUUUACUGAAAGCCUUAUUCCCCAAAAAACCUUAAGGUUCCAUGGCCAAUCAGGGAAGCUUGCAGGCCAAUCAUGUGACAUGCACUAGGUCCAGGAACCUUCUUUUUUUCUUCCAUAAAAAUGCACCUCAUGACAUUUGCCUUUUGGUGGGUGGAUCCUGAAUGAUUCAGACUCUCUCAUGGAUUUGACAAAUGGAGCACAGUGAUUGAAUGUUUCUGUGGGAGAUGAAUCAGAACUGAAUGUGAGGAUUUUAGCACUAAGUGUCUUUCUUCACAGUCUGAGGUAUUGCUUAACCAACAGAUAAAAGAUUAUAGUAAUAAACUAAUGGUGUUUUUAAACUAAAGCUGCUUUUUGCUGGAACCUUUGGACCUAUAGAGAGGCUUAUUUUGUUAUUAUUUAUAAAUAUAUACAAGCAGAUUAAACGUAUGUCAGAUGCAGUUAAAGGGAUAGUUCUCCCAAAAUUGAAAAUUCUGUCAUUAAUUACUCACCCGUGUCGUUCCAAAACCCGUAAGACCUUCGUU